UGGGACCGAGAGCGGUUCGCGCGCUUCGGGCCUAGUCCGGACUCGCCGCCGCCGCCGCCGCCAUAUUCCCGGUAACGGGGGCGCGCGGCCGGGGGCCGGCUGGGCCGGAAGAGGGCUCGGGGCCAGCGCUGAAACUGGGAGGGGGAUACCGCAGUGGCAUCUUUCUCACUUGGUCGGUUCUCCGGGCUCGCGAUCUUCCUUCCGGAGCCAUGUCAGAAGGAGUGGACUUGAUUGAUAUAUAUGCUGACGAGGAGUUCAAUCAGGACCCGGAGUUCAACAAUACAGAUCAGAUUGACCUGUAUGAUGACGUGUUGACAGCCACCUCACAGCCCUCAGAUGACAGAAGCAGCAGCACUGAGCCACCUCCCCCUGUUCGCCAGGAGCCGUCUCCCAAGCCCAAUAACAAGAGCCCUGCAAUCCUGUACACGUACAGCGGCCUGCGUAAUAGGCGAGCUGCUGUCUAUGUGGGCAGCUUCUCCUGGUGGACUACAGACCAGCAGCUGAUCCAGGUUAUUCGCUCUAUAGGAGUCUAUGAUGUGGUGGAGUUGAAAUUUGCAGAGAAUCGAGCAAAUGGCCAGUCCAAAGGGUAUGCUGAGGUGGUGGUAGCCUCUGAAAACUCUGUCCACAAAUUGUUGGAACUCCUGCCAGGAAAAGUUCUUAAUGGAGAAAAAGUGGACGUGAGGCCGGCCACCCGGCAGAACCUGUCACAGUUUGAGGCACAGGCUCGGAAACGUGAGUGCGUCCGAGUCCCAAGAGGGGGAAUACCUCCACGGGCCCAUUCCCGGGAUUCUAGUGAUUCUGCUGAUGGACGGGCCACACCCUCUGAGAACCUUGUACCCUCAUCUGCCCGUGUGGAUAAGCCCCCCAGUGUGCUGCCCUACUUCAAUCGCCCUCCUUCAGCCCUCCCCCUGAUGGGUCUGCCCCCACCCCCAAUUCCACCCCCACCCCCUCUCUCCUCAAGCUUUGGGGUCCCUCCUCCUCCUCCUGGCAUCCACUACCAGCAUCUCAUGCCCCCUCCUCCUCGAUUACCUCCUCAUCUGGCUGUACCUCCCCCUGGGGCCAUCCCACCUGCCCUUCACCUCAAUCCAGCCUUCUUCCCCCCACCAAAUGCUACAGUGGGGCCUCCACCAGAUACUUACAUGAAGGCCUCAGCACCCUAUAACCACCAUGGCAGCCGAGACUCGGGCCCUCCGCCCUCCACAGUGAGCGAAGCAGAAUUUGAAGAGAUCAUGAAGCGAAAUAGAGCGAUUUCCAGCAGUGCCAUUUCCAAAGCGGUAUCUGGAGCCAGUGCAGGGGAUUACAGUGACGCGAUUGAGACGCUGCUCACAGCCAUUGCUGUUAUCAAACAGUCCCGGGUCGCCAAUGAUGAGCGUUGCCGUGUCCUCAUCUCCUCCCUUAAGGACUGUCUUCAUGGCAUUGAAGCCAAGUCCUACAGUGUGGGUGCCAGCGGGAGCUCGUCCAGGAAAAGACAUCGAUCCCGAGAGAGGUCACCUAGCCGGUCCCGGGAGAGCAGCAGGAGGCAUCGGGACCUGCUUCAUAACGAAGAUCGACAUGAUGAUUAUUUCCAAGAAAGGAACCGGGAGCAUGAGCGGCACCGGGAUAGAGAGCGGGACCGGCACCACUGAGAAAGGAGUCUGGUUGGAAGCAAAUGUUUUUUUAAUGGACUUGCAUCUCCUCACCUUGAUCAGGACUAAAGGACGGAGGCCACUCCACCCCUCCCCCUUCCUCCAAGCCCCUAACCCCCUUCAGACACCCAGGGAAUACCCUCUGCCCUACAGGAUUGAAGGUUGCCUGGCGGCCCUCCCAAUCCCACACCUCCUGUUUGUCAGGGGAACGAACCUAAAGACUUCGUGUGGUUGGGAGGGGUGGCAGACAGGAAGAAAACAUGUCCAGGCCCCUGGUCUCCAUAGAGAAUGGUGCUCUGUCCAAGGAAACGUAGGAGUUUCUGAUUCUCCAGGAGUGGUUCAGUGGUGAGGCUGGCGGGAAGGCUCUCUUCCCAAAGAAGAUGGAUCCUCCCUGCAGGAUCUAGGAGAGGGACUGGGUGCGCCAAAAUACGCCCGGGGUCCUGCCCUCAGCACUAGGUUUGAUGGGGCCAAGAGGGUCCAAACCCCUUGCUAACAUACCACUUCUUUGUUUAACUCCUUUACCCUCCCAGCCCUUUGAGAGGGACCCUGAGAACAGAAAUUCCCUUAUGAAAAGCCUCUCCUGUUCUUGCGUUUCCCUCUUACAUAUUGACGGUUGGUUUCCCUGACCUCCCAGAGGGCCGAACCUUUCCGGCCCCCUGCCGCCCAGCCGCCUCAGUGGACCUGCCCCUCCUGAGCAGAGAAGGCCCCUGAGGUCGCUUUCUGCCGGGGAGCCGGCAGCGCCACUUACCACCCUCUGCUGCUUCGUGCUUGGUCGCCUCUUGCAAUAACCAGCUGUACUAGGUGUUCCCUUUCCUGGGGCUUUUCCAUUUCACACGUGGAGCCCCUCCCCCAAGAAGGCUGCUUCCUUGUUUUAGAGGAAGAUACUGCCACUGGGAGAUGGGGACAUCGGACCUCAGCAACGAAGAACCCUUGUGAAGUACCAGGAGGAGUGGGAGAGGAGGCAAGCUGGGCAAGAGAGAGCCUACUUCCAUAGGCUUUUCUGUUUUCAGGUUCGAUGUGAGCAGGGGCUUACAUCCUCCAGGUACAUACCUUUACUUAUCGUGGGAUAACCUGGCACUAGUAGGCAGGUAAAGUCACAAAUGUGGUGUCUUUCCACCUUUUGACUGUUGACUUAAUAGCUCCCCUCGCUCUACGUGGAGGCACUUCCUGCCUCUAAUGGGGAGCAAGGAAGAAGUGGAGCCUGACUUGAAUGAGUUCAGCUCAGAGUUCUAAGGACCACCACUCUGGGGGCCGUUUUCUACACAGGCAAAUGGAAUUGCUUUUCCCAUAACAUCUAAGUUGUGAUGUGGUUGCUGCUGAAGGAAGAAGCGGCAACGGGGUCCUGCGGUACCCAUGGGGCGAUGGGUGCUGUUUCUGCCUGCAUUUACAGGGCAUGUGACAUCUGACACGAGAAGAGACGUGGCGUGUGAGAUGAGACUUGGCAUGUGAGACGUAGGGUCACUGGAGACCCUUCUGGCUCAGAGGGGAGAGACUGAGUGGGACUGAACCCUUCCUCUGUUCCCUGCACGUUUCUGACAUAGCCCUCAAUCAGUCAGUGAGGGGUCCCCCCAGGGUUGGAGAGGCACAUUCCCUUGGGACAGAGGCUACAGGUUUGUAGCUUUUUUCCCCCUGUCCCCCAACCCCAUCCCCACCUCCACUUCAGAACACGGCCCCCCGCCCAACUGGCCAAGUGUUAAGUGAUGUGCUUAUCCUCAAGAGCAGCUCCGGGUGUCUUUUUAAAAUGUAGAGAAAACCAAGUAAGGUGACAGUUUAAGGAAAAAAAUAUAUAGAAUACCAGAAAAGCCGUUUACCCGGAGAAUUUUUUUCUCCCCACUUUUGUUUUGUUUUUACUCAAUGACACAAAUUUUAGUUUUAUUUCCUGAUAGCAAAAGGAAAAAAAAAAAAAAAAAAAACAACCCAGCCCUCAAAAAAGCCAAGGCCCCGUCCCCCUGUUGUCGGUGAUUUGUUUGUCUUUCUGAUAGGUUGAAAAUUGUGUAAUAAACUUGAUGACGCUGUCAAUCUUUUAUACUGCAUUGUAUUUUUUUCCUUUUGUAACAAAAUAUUUUUAAAUAAUAAAUGGGGUGUGAGCUGUUUUAUGGAUUCUGCAUUGAAUAGAUUUGUUGAGGUGUCUGGGACGUGGGCAUGGGCUGAUGGAGAGUCUGUGGGAUGGUAGCGGAACCCUGAGCCCUCGGCUGGAAUCGCCUGGCGGGCACCCGGGCGCCUGUGGUGCACCGAGGAGGCCUCUAGUGCAAACCUUUGGAAGUGCCCCCCCUUGAGGCUUAGCCUUCUUCCUUAGCCAUCUAACCUAGGGAAAGAAACAUUCCAAGUCCUUUAUCCUUUAAGAUCCCUAAGAUUCAUGCUCAGAGUAAGGAGAAUGUUCUGAUGUUCUCACGCUCAGGAAGGGAAGAUUCCUCUGCCCAGACUUAGGAAGUGUGCUCGCAGUGCCUGCUUCCACCAUCUGUUUACCUGGCUGUUGACAGCAGCAUAGCCUGUCUCCUCUGAGCUGAGAACAGCUAUUCUGCCUUCCACACAGGGGUGUCUUAAGAAUCAGAGAUAACGUGAACGUGUUUUGGAAACUGGAUUGCUGUCUAAACGUCGGGAAGUACACAUUUGGAAAGUUCAGCCAAGUGUUGUGAGUCAGUUCCUUGGAAUUCCAGAAAGCCAGGUGAGCAAGAGGAGAGUCACAUGUAUAAAAAGAUGAACCAGAGAUCAGGUGAUAGUGAGUGAGUAUUGGGACGAGCACAGGCAAGACUGGCAUAAAAAAACACUUCCAGGGGGAGGGAAAGCCCCAGAAGCUCUAUGACCAGAAGCAGCAUGAGGGAAGUAAGUGUGCUUAGUCCAGGCCAGUAACGUGGUCCCCUGCGUCUCAGGUACAUGCUGUGCUUGCUAAAAGUGCCUCUUCUCUGCCUGCAUCCACUUCUACGUGAAAUCUAGAAACCUACUUUUUAUGCCCCAGAUGACUUUUAUGUAAAGUAAAGCGUGAGGACUGGUGGCUUAGAGAAGGAAACAUCCUUCAUCGGAGAGCUACCAUGGUGGUACAGAAAGGGAUGACCUUUGGGUUACUCUAGGUUCAAAUCCCAACUCUUACUUUUUAAGCUAAAUGCGCUCAGACACAAGUUGACUUCACAUUCAAGUUGAUUUUCUGCCUCCUAGGAUCGCAGCAUGGAUUAAAAUAUACUCUGCCAGGCCCUGGAUGGGACAGUAGUCUCCUACACAUUGCUGUCAGGGUAUAGAGCCAGAAACCUGAAUCUGUGGGUCCAAAGUGCUUCCUGAACUGGGCCACAACUCAGCCUCUAGAGAUGGCCACUGCAGUCACUUGACAAGUUCUAGCCAUGAGUGUGAAUAUCUGCGCAGGUCUCUACCAGCACCUGUGACCACGGCCUGCUCCUUCACUCAGGUCCUCUCCACUGUACCACACUGACCCUGAAAGGCUAGCUGUCCUCAUUCCUGUCCUCUGCUGCCUCGGUGUCUGUUGAAUGAUGUUCUUUCUACUCUGGUGUGACUGCACCCGCACAGGUGGCUCCAACAAGCACCAGGAAGAUUGAACACGGGUGGAGCCAUACACAGGAAGCAAGAGGCACGAAGCUCCCAGAUAAGCAUGAAAAAAUGAGGGGACUUCCUGUUGUAGCCUAUCCCCAUUUUCAACCACUCCUUCUCAUCCUCAAGCGGUACCUGUUGAAAUAAGAGUUUGCUUGAUCUAAACAGAGACUCCUCAGACAAGGUUUCUAUUUCCAGCUGUUUAACCAGGUGUGUGAGGCUUGGCUGUUCCUCGUCGCUAAGCCUGCAAAGUGGGGGAUUAGAUUCACUUCUAAGGUCCGUUUUAAAUUAUAAGCCAACUCUAAACUUCAACAGUCUUUCAUUCCUUUAUCUGUGUUGCCAGGAGAGUGACCUUAACCACUGAACCUCUCGAAGAAACGGGGAGGCCAUGGAAAAAGUUCCUGUCCAGUUUGAUGCCAGCAACUUCUUCAAAGCACAGAUAGAGAAAGCAGUGUGAGCAGCAGAAAAGUCAGGGGAUUAGUGGGGUUUGUGACAAAUAUCAGGGAGGUUCCCACUGGAUUUUUUGUGACUGUUUCUCGUGGUUGAUUACACCUGUCUACUAUAGCUUUUGGAUAGACCCCAAAAGCAGCUAGGAGGCAAGGACACAGAAGAGGUAGGAAACGAGAAAAGUCUCAGUGCUUUGGACAGCGGUGACCUUCACAGGAUGAAAAUGAGCUCAAUCCCAGGAAAUAAGCAGAAUUAAAAACCAGCAUGAAAACACUUAAAGACCAAUUCACUUUCUACUGGGAGCAAGAGUAGAUAUCAGAGGAUUCAUCUGAUAGCAAAGAGCCAUAUGGCUCAAGGGUUUCUAAAGUGAAUUCUGUCAUGUGUCCUGGGACUUAGAAAAAUAAACAAAAAAAAAAGCCACUACCAAGUAAGAUGAGAAACAGGUUUAAAGCUGGUCGCUUGGAGAAGGGAAUGAUGUACUCAGGACAAUAUUUCUCUUGCUUGGAGAAGGGAAUGAUGUACUAAGAUAGGACAAUAUUUCCCCAGCUUAUUAAAAAAAAAAAAAAGGGUUUCCUUUUACAUUAAAUUGAAAUUUUAAACUAGAUGACAAAAAUGCUGCCAAGUUUUGACUAUACCUCUUCCAAUUAUUUAUGCCUCACUCUGGAAAGCAGCUGACAGCUGUCUGUAAGAGGAAGGAGGGAAAAGACGCGGGGAUGCGGGAUUGGGGGCAGAGGCGAAGAAUAUAAAGCAGAGUCUUUUACAGGAUGACAGGCCUGAAGAAGAUACGGAAACUGCUGCCUUUAGGGAUUAAUCUAGGCUACCGCUGGGGGAAGAAAGUCAUCGCUGCCUUUGCGUCCACGCUGGGUCGCCGAGCACAGCCUGAGAAAAACCUGCCGGGACAGUCGCUCCCUUCCCUUGUGGAUGAAAUUCUAGGGACAGGUGCCGUAAGAAAAAGGCUGCAACCCCCAUGAUGGAAAAUACACGUUUAUUAUAAAAUAAUGUUUGUUUCAUGAUGAGAGUAGAAAAAUAACACUAUGAGCUACUAAAAAAGUUCCGGAGCUCAGUCUCUGAGGAAUGAGGUGAGAGGCUUUUGCGUCACUCUAGGGGCAGAUAUCCUGAGGCUCUCUGUGCUCGGGUGACAGGGGUGGCACAGCACGUAUGGGGAGUGUGGGGCUCCAGUCCUGCUGGAAGCCCAACGAGCCUCCUGGUCCACACAAGAGGCUCUGGCCACAAGGAUCACAGAGGACUUGAGGGCAGCAGGGAACUGGUUCUGAGAAGGGCCAGCUUGGGACAGCCUUGCCCCUCCCUACACUGGUGUGUAGAACAGUCUCUCAGGCUGAUGGUCCUGGUUUAGAAGAUGAUGCCCAGUGGCCUGAUGCUCAGUUUGUUGCCCAAAUAUCUGUGUUGAGGAAAAGCUGCAACUUUCCCGGGACAACGUGACCCACCACUUCUCACUGGUGUGCCUAAAGACCAGAAGUAUCUGUGGUCUCAGCCCCUGAGGACUGCUGGCUGAAAUUUUUGCACUUCAAAUCCUGUCCAUACUGAUGGCAGAAAGAAAGAAAGAAAGAAAGAAAAUGUUAAAAGACCAGUGAACAAAAGCGACUGGCCUGAACUGUUCUAUAUUCCAAGCCUCUUGGCCCCAAAGAACAAGGAGAAUGUCUUCCCUGGGUAACGGUCUACCCUAAAUAGGAAAAGCAAUCUCACAGACACCUCUUUCCCCUUAGCAAUCCUUUAGAGACCCGUCAGGCUUCAGAAGAACAAUGAAUCCCUCCCUAGGACGGGAUGGGAACCCAACCCUCAGUUGACAGGAAAUGGUCCCUCAGCAGCAGUACCUGGAGAAAGCAGUCAGGGUGAGCACCUCAAGCAGCAGCUCGGAACCACAGAAGAAAAGCAAGAUGCUGUUCAUAAUGGCUUCCAGGCGGAGCACGUAGGUCUGUAGCAGCAGGUAAUAGGAGGCCAUCAUGGCAGAUGGGAAGGUCAAGGCCACACUAAUACCAAGUGGCAUCUUUCGUUGGCAGAGGUUUCCCUUGGUACC